UCCGCAGCUGCUGUGGACACCAACGGAGUGAGGCCGAGCCGGCUCAGCAAGCUGAUCCGCCUGUCGGGGAACAACGUGACGGACAGGUCGCUGCAGGUUUACUGGGCGGCCGAGAGCGGCUUCGACUCGUUCAUCGUCCAGUAUGGAGUGGACGGGGCGACUGAGACCCGGAACCUCACCGCUGCCGGGGGCACGCACUCCGCCUUCAUCUCCGGCCUGCGGCCCAGCACCAGAUACCUGGUCGCCCUCUAUGGAGUGUCGGGGAACAGGCAGACACGGCCCCUGACUACCGUGAUCACCACUGCAGCAUCUAUUCGGGUGGAGCAGGUGAAGUCCAUCCUGUUUGGUGGACUGACCUUCUCCAACAUCACGGCCAACUCGCUCCAGCUCUCCUGGGAAGCGGACGACGUCUUUGACUCCUUCCUGAUCCAGUACGUGGCCCAGGGCUCCGGGAGCCGCAGUAACCUGACGCUGGGGGCUAGCAGGCGAUCCGCCUACGUGACUGGCCUGCUGCCGGGCACUAACUACACCAUCUAUCUCCACGGGGUGUCCGGGGAGAAACUCUCCCGGCCCCUGGUGGCCCGCUUAACCAUCACAGCCGUCCCCGUGUACGACACCUUGGUCAGCACUCUCGGCGGCCUCCUGGUCUCCGACAUCAACGCCCGCGGGAUGCGGUUGGCCUGGACGGUGGAGGAGGGUGCCUUCGACUCCUUCCUCGUUAGCUACCGGGACUCCAUGGCACGGCUGGCCGCCAGAGAGCUGACGGUUCCCGGGAGCAGUCACCACGUCACCAUCACCGACCUCAGCCCCAGCACCGAGUACCUGCUCUCUCUCCACGGUGUGCUGGAAGGCCGAAAGACCGACCCCAUCCCAAUCACGGCCAGAACCACCCGGGAGAGCCCGAGCGGCCUGAGAUUCACGAAGGUGACCGAGUCGUCCGUCACCAUCAGCUGGUCAGCCGGCUCCGACCACGCCGACUCCUACAAAAUAUUCUACGUACAAAACAAACAAGGUGAGCCGCUUAGCCGGAGCGUGGACGGGACGAGAACCAACGUCACCCUGAGCAGCCUGGCCCCCGGCGCCCGCUACGAGGUCAACUUGGUGCCCGUGCGCGGGGGCGUGGAGAGCCCUCCCAUCCUGGGACACUUCACCACCGCCCCGGACCCCCCAAGCCGACUGAAGGCGGUGAACGUGUCGCAGACGCGGGCGCUACUGCAGUGGAAAGCAGCCGCCGCCCCCGUCGAUCACUACGUCGUCAGCUACAAGGCACAGAGAGCCGCUGCGGUGCGGAAGACGGUGCCAGCUGAAAGCGUAGAAAUGCAGCUGACGGGACUGCGCGCCAACACCGUGUACACGGCGACCGUGCACAGUGUACAGGGGGCGGGCAGGAGCACAGAGGUCAGCGCCCGAUUCACCACCGUCCGUGGGCAGAUCGCGUUCCCCAAGGACUGCAGCGAGGAGCUGAGCAAUGGAAGAGCCGACUCGGGCGAGGUCACCCUCUACCUGAACGGGAACCAGGAGAAGCCCAUCAAAGUAUUCUGUGACAUGACCACUGACGGCGGCGGCUGGAUUGUUUUCCAGAGAAGAAUGGACGGCAAGGUCAACUUCAUGCGGACGUGGAAGGAAUACGUGGCUGGGUUCGGUGACAUUACAACAGAACAUUGGCUGGGUCUGGACAAACUGCACCAGCUCACGUCUCAGGCGCGCUUCGAGCUCCGCGUGGAUUUGCGCGCCGGCGACCAGACCGCUUAUGCCGUUUACGACAGCUUCGCGCUGGAGGGUCACGCGGCCCAGUACCGCCUGGGGCUCGGCAAGUACUCUGGCACGGCAGGGAACUCUCUCUCCUAUCACCGCGGCAGCAACUUCACCACGAUAGACAAGGAUAAUGACAACUCGCUGACCAAUUGCGCCAUCUCGCACCGCGGCGGGUGGUGGUACCAGAACUGCCACCGCGUCAAUCUCAACGGAGAGUACGGCAACAAUAAAGACCACCAGGGCGUGAACUGGUUCGCCUGGAAGGGUUUCGAGUUCUCCAUCCCCUUCGCCGAGAUGAAGAUGCGGCCGUGGACGGCGCGGCGGGAGUGAGGAGCGUCCUCCGGCCACGUACACGCCAGCUUGCAGCCCGUCUCGCCCCAUCGCCUCUCGCCUCUCGUUUGUCUCGCCGGCACCAGGCGGCCCGUGGAUCCGACCGGGCGUCCAGGCGGGGAGGGAGGGGGGGGGAGAGGUGGGGGGGGGGGCGGGCUGCCUCGCUCCGCACAGGGGCCCCGGCCGCCGGCCAGCCCCCGGGAUCGGGACACCGGGUUCCGGGCAGUUUGGCGCUCCGGGAUCUCGUGACCUGGUUCUCCGGGAGCCCCUGGCUCCGGGCAGCUUCGCGCUCCGGGAUCUCGUGACCCGGUUCUCCGGGAGCCCCGGGCUCCGGGCAGCUUCGCGCUCCGGGAUCUCGUGACCCGGUUCUCCGGGAGCCCCGGGCCUCUGGGCAGCUUGGCGCUCCGGGCUCCCCGGGAUACGGACUCCGGGCGCUUCCGGCCGGCCACUGCCCUUCAUUUACGCUGCUUGGACCGCGAGUGCUAGACUCGACACCGCCCACUGGAACCUCUGCAGACUUCACCCUUUUGUACUUCGUCCCGAACGGUUAUUUUGUGUUGUGUUGUCAAAUGUUUUUGAAAUACAUGCCAUGCCUUUUCUAAA